AUGGCUUCCACGGCGUCCACGCUGGGCGCGGCCGAAGGGGAACAGGAGAGUGCCUCGUCGUGCACCACUGACAGCGGCGACAAGGAGGGCGUGAAAGAGACUCAUGCUAGCGCAGAGACGACAGAAUCGCCGGUCGAUGGUGGAGACGCCGAGGGGGAAAGUGACGAUGAGCAUCCGAAGAGCGUGUAUGGAGCUAGUAUACUGCUCAAGCUUCAGUGGGAGGAUCGUACGGUGCAGAAGAAGGUGCCCCUGAGAACCUAUAAGACCUUGGGUAUGUUUCUUUCCGAUGUCACGUGCAACUUGCGCACGGCACUGCAAGGGAACGCCUCUGCCGCUCAGUUCGUCAUUGAUGCCAUCGCCUUCGAGCUGACGCCGCUUCUUGUGACGCGCUACUUGGACGGAAUGGAGACAUGCACCGGCGCGUUGGAGCACGGUGCGUUGGACUUACUACGGCUGCUUGCGACACAUGCCAAUGCCAAGGAAAUGCACAUUGCCAUCAAGAAGUUCACGUCCAAGAUUGACUCAACAUAUCUCGAGGCCACGUCUUAUCUUGCUUUACGGCCAGUGCUGAGCUUGUGGGGUGACGUCAUCCCGCGCAUCCCGCAAAAGCGUAGGCUUUUUGUCAAUGACUACGUCAAAGUGUUCGAUCGGAUGCUUCCUUGCGCUGAAGCGUUUGAGACCUCCUUCAUUCCAAAUGAUGGCAUCGGGGUUGAACAAUCGGGACGGAUUGCUGGGAUCCCAGAUACGUUGCUAGACUUUCUCGAUAAGCUGGCUGACGCACAGAUCCGCCAAAUGAAGGAUGGUUCUAUCAGUGUUGAGGUCGAUGUGUUAGGCACUGCACAUGCCAAGUCAUUCCCUGAAAAGAAUAAGGAGUCCGCAGAUUCGGAAACGGAGGAAGUGAACAAGAACAAGGAGAAGGGUGAUGGGACAGAAGGGAAGACCAGUGAAAAGAAAUCAUCAGCGGCACCAGAUCCUAUGGCGACGACAACGGAUUGGAUUUUGGAACGUGCUAUUGCGCUUGCUAAAGUGCUCGACGUGCAAAGUAUGAUCUGGAGUCGGUUACCGGCUCCUCCAGGCGAGGAUCGGAAUGUACCCAAGAAGAAAUCAAAGAGUCGGAAGAAAAAUUCGACUGCCAAGCAGGGAAAAAUGGUUGAGGAACAGAAAGAAGAGUCCUUAGAUAAAUGCGCGGCUCUUUUCCUCAAGUUGGGAUGGAACAAUCCGGCUGUCGUCUGUCAAUUGGCUAGAAACGGCCUAAGUUUGGAUCCUGCGUCCCGCCACGAGGAGCUUAUGAAGUUACAUAUCGGGACAAAAUCGUUGUCGAGGAAGCAGAAGAUGAAUACUUUGUACAGCGCAACGGCAGUAGGACAAUAUAUUUGCGGUGCUCUGCGGAUGUGGACUAAGCGUCCCCAUGAAGCUGGCAUGGAGGGAGGCGCGCCGCGUGACCCAUACGACAAAAUCGAUCUAUCCGGUACUGCAUUUGAAUUGUUGGAGCCUUUCCAUUGCCUCGAUUUGGUUAUGCCAUAUUUGGCACCGGUGGUAAUGCAAGCUGGGGUAGCCGUGUCGUUGGCUGGUAUCGUGACAUUACGAGCAUUUUUAGACCGCAUUCCAGAUGGGCGCAUUAAGACCUUCGACGAAAUACUGCGAUUGAGGAAUGGGACUGCAAGUUUUGGACGGGAGAUAAAUCUCUUCGGAAUGGCGCAUCACGUCGGGAAAGCCCUUGCGGGCUAUGAUGACCCAAAGCAUAGGCGAAUCGGGUAUGAAACGUUGCAAGCCAUGUUACGAAAAUGUGCCAGUCCAGUGGCACGGUACGUUCUAUGUGAAGCUAUAUUUUACGAGACAACGCGAAAUGCAAUCGCUGCCCAAUUGAUGACAGAAAUGAAAGACGCAGUGAGGUAUGCAGAUAUUUCUUGGAGGGACACACAAGGGGAUAGUGACCGCAUCGUACAGGCAUCGCACCUUCGAAGCCGAUUAUCAGAAGACACAAUCGGGCGAUACUUCAUACCUCGGAAGGAACUACUGGGUUUCAUGAAUCCACUGUGCACAGUAUCGAACCUGGUCUAUUUUCUGGUUCGCAGCGACCCGCAAUUGCUUGAGAAAACACAGGAUAAGGAGCUAAGAAAUGAAAUUGAGAAGCGACUGCGAUUUUGUCAAGAGUAUGGUCGUCUAGGGAAACAACUGCUUCGGGCGAUCGCGUCAGUCGCGGAACACGAUCGCAGGAAGAUUCCCGAGUCGGCUCUUGCGAAAAAGAACACUGUGGAUGCUGCAGCGAUUUUCCAGGCCUCCGGACGAACCCUGAAUCAGUGCGUGGGAUCGAUUUCGCUUCUGGAUGCAGCCCUUCAGGGCUGAGACCAGGCGUCCUUGAUUGAGACCAGAAGAGAGGAUGGGAUUGUACAUGCAGACCUGAGAACCGACUCUAACUCGCAUCACCAGGACCUCCUACAGUAGAGACAGAUAUGUAAAUUAACUUGAGCAAAGCUAGGACGUUGCCGUCAUCACCACAGAUGCUGCGGAAUUCUGAAAGCAGAGCGCCAUGAGCCGGAUGUCCUUUUAU